UGGACGCAUGGCAUGGUCAUGGUGGAUCGAAACGCGUCGAUUUUUAGUUAAUGUUUUUUUUUGUUUUGUUUUGUGUUAAAUGAAUUGAAUUUCUUUAGAUAACAAUUAAUACAUGUGAACAUAACUACUAAAACAUAAAACGACCAUAAAAUUGUACAAAAAUUUACUAAUAAACGAUUUCUUUCAAACAAUAUUUGAAAGCUACCAGUAUUGUGAACCGUGAGGUUAAAUUAAAAAGUUAUCAAAAUCGAAGCAAGAUGGUUCAGGCAAUUGAAGAAACUGAACAUCCUGAUCUACCUCAAGCGGUGCGGCUGUUCAAAGAGAUGAACACAAAUGUGCAGCAAGUGUCUCAACUUAUAGACAACAUGUUGGUCCGAGUCAGAAAUGGUGAACUAUCAACUGACAAAGGAUUGAGUUUUCUUGAGAUGAAAUAUCAAAUGUUGCUAAGUUAUUUAAUCAAUUUAACAUAUAUUGUUCUGCGUAAAUGUUCAGGUGAAAGGAUUGAAUCAGAUCCAUCUAUUGAUAGAUUAGUUGAAAUAAGAACAGUAUUGGAGAAAAUUCGUCCCAUAGACUCUAAGUUAAAAUAUCAAAUAGACAAACUAGUAAAGACUGCAGUCGUUGGCUUGGUUACUGAAGAUGAUCCACAGUCAUAUCAUCCUAAUCCUGAUAACUUAGUAAGUAAAAUAGAUGAUAAUGAUAAUUCCAGUGAUGAGACAGAUGAUGAAGAAUCCAGAAAAGAUAAAAGUAGUAAAUCAAAUAUUUAUGUUCCUCCAAAAUUAGCAGCUGUGCAUUUUGAUGAGAGCACUUCAAAGGUUGAAAGUGAAAAGAAAAACAAAGAGAGGUCAAAGAAACAAUUCCUUAAUUCUAGUGUUAUGAGGGAACUUCGCGAGGAGUACUCUGAAGCACCUAUGGAAGUAACCACAGGGAAUCAUGUGAAGCAUUCUAUAUCUAAAUAUGAGCAAGAAAAGACUGAAUAUGAAGAGAACUAUUUAACACGUCUACCAGUUACCAAAGCUGAGAAGAACCGUAGGAAAAAACUAACAACAGUUGGUGUGCUUGCUGAUGAGAUAACAGGAACUCGACAGACAUCUAGAAAACAUAAGUUGAAAUCUAAAAAAGGAAAAGGUUUCAAAAGAAGGCGUAUUCAUUGAAAUCUGUUUAUAAAUCACUUGUAUUUUUAAUGUAACGGAAAUUAUAAUAUAUCAUAAACCUAUUACAUACAUGUUAAUAAACUCUGUUAUGAAACCUGGUACAAUAUCUGACAUUUAAAAACCGUAAAUAAGAUGAUUUGCAGGUAAAAGAAUAGUGUAUUUUAUAGACUAUAUUUUGCUCUGUUUUAAAAAGUUUUAAAGUUUAAAAUCAUAGAUUGUUGGAGCUAACUUGAUUGAAAAAAAGUAUUUUGUUAUAAAGUAUAGCUUCAGUUACAACAGGUAAUUAUAUAAUUAAUAAAUAAUAUCCGAUAAAUACAAAUAUUACUUAUGUAAUUUCAAAGUUGUGCUCAAUUAAUAUGAAUUAUGGUCUAAUACUCAGUUUAAAUCAUUACAAUAUUAGGAUGUGAUCAUUAAUUGUGUUACAUGUGCAACAAGAAUUUUUCACGUUUUUUUUUUGGUAUUUACGAUUUUAUAUAAGGUAAGUAUAAAAUAUAUCUAAAACA